UUGACGUGACUGCAGCGUUAUCAUUAGGCGGGAAUUUCCAACGGAUAUUCCCAGCGCGCGAUUAAUUUGCACGUGUAAAAAAAAAAAUGCACAAUGAAGUCUAACAAAAAUGUGAGCAGUGGCGGACUGUGGGGUGAGUUGCCAGCGCGGGAGAUGCUCAAGCAGGAGGUGGUAACGCCAGAUCUGAUAGAAAACGUUUGGCGACAGGUCAUGGAUGAUUCGAACAGCACCGACUGCGACUACCGGAUCGAUCGGCAACCCGAAUACUUACAAUUACCAAUGGGAAACCUACAUGUAUUGAACACUAUAAAUUUUCACCAACAAUUACGUACAAUGGAAGAGGGAACUGUGCUUGGAAACAUGACUGUAAUAGAGUCACCGGAUACAAAAGAUACAACGAGUUCCAGAAGUCUAUUUCACUUUCUGCCUUACGAGUCAAAUAGAGACAAAACGUUUAAAGAUGGUUCCACUGUGCACUACUUAACGCCAAAAAGUACACGAAAUUUGUUAAGGCACUCCGUGACCACUUCGUUGGCGCACAUAGGAUUCGAAAACUCGUCGGACGUGGCUGUAGAAACGCUCACCGACGUCGCGGAUCACUUCCUCAGGCGGAUGACGCUUCUGUUGAAAGCGGCGACCGAACACAAGGAUCAUGGAUUUCCUGACGCCGUGGAGAGAGUGUUGCUGGAGACAGGCGUGGGCGGCGUGUCGGCGCUGCACGACUACUAUCAGGAGUACGUCCUGAAGUUCGAGGAGAACACGAGGCGGAAGGUCGAGGAAACGAUGGAGAAACAGAGGAUGGUCCUGGACGAGGCGGCCAGCAAACUGCAGUUCGAGGAGCUGGACGAGUUCGGUAGCGACGUCCCGACGCUGCAGCUGCUCGAUCCCGAGAUGGGCUUUCCGCCCAGCCUGGACGCCGGCUUUCAAAUGCUCUACAGCCUCGAGCAGGACGAGUAGACCCCUUCCUCGCGCGUCCGGUCGCGGGUCAGUGUAAUAAUCUUGCUGCUUCCAAAUCCGAAUAGUAUGGAAGAGGAGGAGGGGAACGUGAAUGUAUUUGCGAAUAAAAAGAAAUGUUGAUCUGUAAUAUAUAGGAUUUAUAUUAAACGGGGGAUUAAGUAAUUCUCGUCUUGUCGUCUGUGAAAUAAAAAAUUCAUUUUUAUUCUCUCAGA